AUGAGUGCGCGCAAAUUAAAAAAUUUUCCUUACGAAAUCAAAGACGUGGAUCGAGAAACGUCUGAAGAGCUCAUGAAAAAUUUUACAGGAGAAUAUACAGGUUUUCUUCAAGUUGGGCCAAAGGGUUACUUUUUCCCCAAAAGGUAUGAAGAAGAGGCAGCUAAUAUUUACAACUUUCAAUUGCGACCAGAUGAUACGUUUGUGAUCACCUAUCCAAGGUCAGGAACAACAUGGACACAGGAGUUGGUGUGGCUGGUAGCAAAUGAUUUGGAUUACGCUAAGGCAAAGGAGAAUGUCUUAAUAGAGAGAUUUCCUUAUCUAGAGUUCUCCACGAUAGUGAGUCAUGAAUCGAUAAAACGCCAUGUAAAAGAAUAUAAGCAUGAUAAGCAAAUGGUUGAAGAGUCCAAAGAAAUGUGUAAACCGCAUUACGCAGACUUUACUAAAUUACCCUCUCCUCGCUUUUUCAAAUCGCAUAUGCCUAUUUCACUGCUGCCUCCUUCGCUCUUGGAUACCUGCAAAGUGGUGUUCGUGGCAAGAGACCCCAGAGAUGUCGCCGUCUCGUUUUAUCACUUAUGCCGACUUUUUAAACUUAUCGGGUACAGCGGGGAUCUUAAAACUUUUUGGAAUUAUUUCAUAAAGGGACUAGUGCACUUUACACCGUAUUUUGAGGUGAUUAAAGAAGCCUGGGCGAAUAGAAAUCAUCCAAAUAUGUUGUUCCUUUUCUAUGAAGAACUUUCAAAGGAUUUGCCGGCUACAAUACGGAGAGUAUGUCAAUUUCUCGGGAAGCAGUACUCCGAGGACCAAAUUGCGAAGCUUUGUGAACAUCUUCAUAUUGACAAUUUUAAGAUAAACGCAUCCGUCAACGAAGAUGUAUUCAAAGCUGUCAAAUUCGCGGAUGAAAAAGAAGAGCCUUUUAUUAGAAGAGGUAAGGUUGGUGGAUGGCGCGACUAUUUUGAUGAGGAGAUGACGGCGCAGGCCGAACGCUGGAUCGCUGACAACCUGCGGGACACUGACCUACGAUAUCCAACGAUGUAAACUGGACUUUUUUUAAUGAAAUUGAUAGUUAAUAAAGAGAUUAUUAGUCUUCUUCAGCACACCAUGUGGUGUGCAAUAAAGUAUUGAAUAUUGAGUAGGAGUUAUCUACAUUAAGUAAAU